CCGCUCUUGCAGGUGUGCAGGGCAGUGAGAUUGCAUGCGGCUGUGCCUGUACAGCCCUCGAGCAGAACACCAUGGCGCGCUGCUUCGUCCUCAACACCGGCGCCAAGAUCCCGUCGGUUGGGCUCGGGACAUGGCAGUCCGAGCCGGGCGCCGUCGGCGAUGCCGUCUACGCCGCCGUCAAGGCUGGUUAUCGGCACAUCGACUGUGCUCAAGCCUACGCCAACCAAAAGGAGAUUGGGGUCGCUCUGAAGAAAGUGUUCGACGAGGGCAUAAUCAAGCGCGAAGAUUUGUUCAUCACCUCCAAACUCUGGUGCACUAACCACGAUCCAGAGGAUGUCCCGGUUGCGUUGGGCAGCACACUUCAGGAUUUGCAGACUGACUACGUGGAUCUUUACCUUAUCCACUGGCCAAUCAAGAUGAAGAAAGGCGCCCCUUUUGGCGCGGCGGGCAUCGUCCCGUCCGAUAUCCCGGCGACAUGGGCGGCGAUGGAGAGGCUCCACGAGUCCGGCAAGGUUCGCGCCAUCGGCGUCAGCAACUUCUCGACCAAGAAGCUGGAGGACCUGCUCGCCGUCGCACGCGUGCCGCCGGCCGUCAACCAGGUCGAGUGCCACCCCAUGUGGCAGCAGGCCAAGCUCCGCGAGUUUUGCGCCUCCAAGGGAAUCCACCUCUCAGCGUACUCCCCGUUGGGCUCGCCGGGGACAGCGUGGGUGAAAGAAGUCGGCGACGUGCUGGCGCACCCGGCGGUCGUCUCGACGGCGGAGAAGCUGGGCAAGACGCCGGCGCAGGUGGCCGUAAGGUGGGGGAUUCAGAUGGGGCACAGCGUGCUCCCGAAGAGCGCCAACGAGGAGAGGAUCAAGGCGAACCUCGAUGUCUUCGACUGGUCCAUCCCGGAGGACUUGUUCGUCAAGUUCUCUGAAAUCGAGCAGGUGAGGUUGAUCCGUGGAGACUUUUGGACUCACCCGGAGGGCGUCUUCAAAUCCAUCCAGGAGCUUUGGGACGGCGAAAUAUAAAUUUACUAAAAUUUUGGUGUAAAAUUUUGAUACUUCUUGAUAUCGAGAUCGAGAUGGUAUUAGUUAUUAUGAGUACGAGGUAUAUCUCUCGGUACCUAUCUAAUACCAGUAAAAUUGCUUAAUUUAUUCGUGCGGGUGAAGACUGAAGAGCUGGUAGCUGCUAUUAAUGCAAAUAAAGUGAGGAUGUUUGAGGAAAUACUACUGUGAAGCAAUGAAUAAGGUUGCGUUUAUAUUGAGAAAA